GUCUGAAUAAACGCGGACGGGCACUUGUUCGUUGACAAUGACGCUUUCCGCGAAAGUUCCGGCCAACUUUGGGGACAUCAACGGAUAUAUACGUAAAAUGCCCACGACAACGACAGCAGUCAGUUUAUCUGUCUUGGUCGCGGGAGUGGAUCAAUAAGAAACUGUUUACACAGCUGAGGCUGAGAAAAACAGAGAGACCAGCUGAUUGUAGACAUCGAGUCCUUCGCCAUGGACUACAUGGAGGAUGGUUUGUUCGAUGUAAUUUCUCGUGGCGAUACCACAGCCUUUAAAGAUUAUCUUCGUCGUGGUUUAGAUAUUAACCACGCAUUCAGAAGUACUGACCGUGAAGAUCGCCUCGGUAAAACCCUUCUAGAGGUCGCUCUCGAAGUGAAACAACCGGAUAUUGCGUCACUACUCAUAGACAGUAAAUGUAAUGCAAACCUAAAAUACAUUGUUGAUGUGCGGAACUAUGCGUAUUUUCUACGCGAGUACAGAAAAAGCGACAAACUGAAAUUGACACCAAUGUUUCCAGCUAUUGUUCAUGGGGAUAUUGUUACCAUUAAAACAUUGGUGAAAGGCGGAUAUGACGUGAGUAACCAUGACGAUCGCGGCUGCACUGCUCUGUGGCAUGCUACAGAUCUAGAUAAUUAUGAAAUGGUGAAAAUUUUGCUUAGCGGAAACAAUUCAAAAACUUCAGUGAAUAUCCCAGACAGUGCUAAGUUACGACCACUUCACAUUGCAGCUAUGCACGGAAACCACAAAAUAGCCUCUCUGCUAAUUCGUAGCGGGGCGGAAGUGGAUGCCGUGCAAAUUCGGGGUUGGACGUCACUUCUCUUGGCAUGUCGCGCAGGCUCAGAACCAACGGCAAAAUUGUUGCUGUUGAAUGGCGCUGAUCCAAAUCACGUGGGUAAAAAUGGCCACACCCCUUUAUCUACAUCACUUCAGUUCACAGAUAGUUACAACAUUGCCUACAUGCUCCUAGAUUCCGGCGCCGAAGUGAAUAUUCACCUUCUGAGACGAUGCAGAGAGGAGAAGUUUGUGAAUCUCAUUGCGAACCCUGAUUUGUAUCAUCUGUUGACCUUUUGUUCCGAGUCACCUCGGCCUCUGCGAUCGUUAUGUUGCUUACUGAUAAGAAAAACAUUGGUGAGUGCAGCAAGCACUGUUCACUUAGUACAGAAAGUUGAACAAUUGCCUCUUCCGAAACUUAUCAGAGAAUACAUACUUCUUGGACAUUUAAUAUGACGUCAUGGCCGCACUAUCUAACAUUCAGACCUGACCGAGCAAACAUCAAAACUUCUUGGUUGAUCUGUUCUUCAUUUUGUACGUGUUAGCCUGCUAGGUGAUAGAUAACACUGUACACUUUUCACACUAAUUUAAGAACAACACCCUAGAUCUAGAAUAACAUUUAAUGCAUAUUGGGGAUGGUAUUAAGCAUCGCAUGUUCAAUACAUCUAAAGUAACACCUGCAGUGGUCACAAGUACUAACAACACGAUGAGUACCUUAGUAUAUCUAAAGUAACGCCUGUAGUGGCCACAAGUACUAACAACAUGAUGAACAGUCAAGUACAUCCCCUUUAUUUGGGAUAUAUAUUGUUUCCCGUUGAAGUUCAUCAUUUGACCCAUGUUAUAUCCCUGACGGUUUAAAGAAAACAAAACAUGUACAUGUUGCUUUUUUACAGACAAGUAAAGAUGUUGUCAGUGCUGUAGGCAAUUAUUGUUUAUGACAAGAUGCUAUGUGAAAUAUGACGAAUAAGUUUGACCUUGACAUACAAUGUAAUGACCUUUUGACCCUGAAAUUUCAUUGGGAAUACUAUAUUUUGUCUCUUGUGUACGGGAAGAGUCAUUACAGAUUAGGAUUAUACAUGUAGUGCUGGGACAUGAAUUAUUAGCACCGUUCCACCCGGUCCUUUAUCUCGUCUAUAGAAAUGUUUGUCUCACCAGAUACUGCGUUUCCUUUUGUGAGAUCCAUCCAUCGCAAGUCUUUUUGUCAUCACCUGGAGUUCAUGAAUAUUUAUUGUGUGAAUUACAUCCAUGUGUGUUCAGCUUUAUCUUCAUUUUCAAUAUUAUUGUGUACAUUUUUAAUUUAUCGUUAAAUCGUUAAAAUUUAUAAUUUUUGUUUGUUUUUAUAUUCAUUGAGCUUCCUUCAA